GAUCUUUUGCAGGACACAUCCUAGAGGUUUUGAAUCUAAAGAGGAAGCGAGAACCGUGUCCAUUCCCUAACACUUCAGCUCAAACAGUGUCAAACGGGAACUGACGGGCUUUUGAAAACAGAUCGUGGGCUACUUAAGAGCAAAGAGAGGUGAAUGAAGACUAUUUUAUUUAGAGAUACAUGUCAAUACACGAGCAGCGGACGAGAGAACCCUGUAAUACAAGAGCUAGAGAGGAUCGCCGAAGUCCAUCGUUAACAAGAGUGGGGAAUUCUACUGACGGUGCGCUGCAUUGAAUUUGGAAGUGUGGUCAGCGUGAUAACCGCAAUUACCGGGUCUCCUCAUACCGAGAAGCUAGUCUGGCUGGAAACCUCGCCUUGGACGCGCUGGGGAAAUAGAUCCCUGACAUGAGCGACUAACACCAUCGACAAACAACAACACACAUCGGCGGAUAAACCGCACUGAUCCCUGAGUGACCACCUGUUCCCUGCACAGACCAACCGGUGGUGUGAAGAAUUGUUGCAGAAACAGAUCGGCCCCACCUCACCAUGCCUUUGUCCUUCAGUUCAUCCCGCAUUUUCCCAAUCUCCUUCAUUCCCUUGAUCCUCCCUGUCCUUCUCCUGUCUUUCUCCAUCCCUUCUCAAGCUGACUCCCAAGAUAUAGCCCAAUCUACCUCCAACUGUUCCCAGAAUGACGUGUGUGCAGACGGGGUCCUUUUGCCAGUGUGGAAUCCUCUAAAUCCCUCAGUUGGUGACAAAGUGGCUCGUGCCAUUGUGUACCUAGUGGCACUAGUCUACAUGUUCUUAGGGAUGUCGAUAAUUGCUGACCGCUUCAUGACUGCCAUCGAAGUUAUAACUUCUCAAGAAAAAGAGAUCACUACAAAGAGACCCAAUGGUGAAACGGUCACCACGACAGUUCGCAUAUGGAACGAGACCGUCUCCAAUCUGACCCUCAUGGCUCUGGGUUCAUCAGCCCCUGAGAUUUUGCUUUCGGUGAUUGAGGUCUGUGGGCAUAAUUUUGAGGCCGGUUCUCUUGGUCCCAGCACCAUCGUGGGCAGCGCUGCCUUCAACAUGUUUGUGAUCAUUGGCAUCUGCGUCUACGUGGUACCUGAUGGUGAAAGGCGGAAGGUCAAACAUCUUCGUGUGUUUUUCGUGACUGCGGCGUGGAGCAUGUUUGCCUACGUCUGGCUCUAUCUUAUCAUCUCGGUGUUCUCGCCUGGUGAGGUGGAAGUGUGGGAAGCAGUGUUGACGUUCCUCUUCUUUCCUCUCUGCGUGGUCCAGGCCUGGAUCGCUGAUCGGAGAUUGCUCUUUUACAAGUAUGCUCGCAAACGCUACCGAACCGACAAGGGCCGUGGAAUUAUUGUGUCCGAGGGAGGGGAGGAGAUUGGCAAUGAGGCAGGAUUCACAAAGAUGGACAUGCUUGAAAUUGAUGGAAUCACAACACAUCUGGAUGGAGUCCUGGGAGGGGAAAGUGGGCAUGGAGGACGGGAUCAAGAGGACGAGGCCAGGAGAGAUAUGGCCAGAACUUUAAAGGAACUGAAGCAAAGACAUCCUGACAAGGACAUGGAGCAGCUCAUAGAGAUGGCCAACUAUCAGGUUCUGGUACAGCAGCAGAAGAGCAGAGCCUUCUACCGCAUUCAGGCGACAAGGAUGAUGAUUGGUGCUGGGAACAUUUUGAAGAAACACGCAGCAGAUCAGGCCCGUAAAGUGGUCAGCAGUGGGGAACCCCAAGAGCAGGAGGAUGACCCUCAUGUCACAAGAAUAGACUUUGAACCUGCCCUCUACCAGUGCUUUGAAAACUGUGGGUCCUUAAAACUUUCUGUGCAAAGGCAUGGAGGAGAUGCCGGUUGUACUGUUAAGGUGGAUUAUCGCACAGAGGACGGCACAGCCAAUGCCGGUUCUGAUUAUGAAUUUGCUGAGGGCACACUCAUCUUCAAACCUAGCGAGAACCUUAAAGAGAUCACCGUCGGCAUUAUUGAUGAUGACAUCUUUGAGGAAGAUGAAUACUUCUACGUCCGCCUGAGCAAUCCCCGUAUAGUUGGGUGGGCUGAUGGACAUCCUAUUGCUUUGGAGACUGGAGCACCCGCCCCUAGCGCAGCCCUUGGUGAGGCCCACACGGCGACCGUGACCAUCUACGAUGACGACCACGCAGGAAUUUUUACAUUUGAGAGUGAAUCGAUACGAGUUAGCGAAAGCAUCGGCAUCAUGCAGGUGAAGGUCCAGAGGACAUCAGGAGCACGUGGUCUGGUGGCAGUACCGUACCAUACAGUGGAUGCGACAGCUUGCGGAGGGGAGGACUAUGAGGAAGUGUCUGGAAAACUGGAGUUUCAGAACGACGAGACAAUGAAAAUAAUUGAGGUGAAGAUUAUAGAUGAUGAAGAGUAUGAAAAGAACAAAGCCUUCAGCAUUGAGUUAGGAGAGCCUGUGCUGCUCGAGAUUGGACAAAAACAUGGGGACUCUAAUGAAAAUAAGCCGGAGAUUGGGGCGGAUGAAGAGGAAGUAGCUAAAAUGGGAUGUCCUAGUCUGGGAGAACACAACAGAUUGGAGGUGGUGAUUGAAGAGUCCUAUGAGUUUAAGAAUACAGUGGAUAAGCUCAUUAAGAAGACUAACCUGGCUCUGGUAGUCGGCAGCAGUAGCUGGAGAGAGCAGUUUGUUAGUGCUGUUACUGUGAGCGCAGGUGAUGACAAUGAGGAAGAGAGUGGUGAAGAGCGUCUUCCGUCCUGCUUUGAUUAUAUCAUGCACUUCCUCACAGUCUUCUGGAAGGUUCUGUUUGCCUUCGUCCCGCCAACAGAAUACUGGAACGGAUGGGCAUGCUUCAUUGUGUCCAUCUGUCUGAUUGGUGCGUUGACAGCGGUCACAGGAGAUCUCGCUUCUCACUUCGGGUGCACUAUUGGUCUGAAGGAUUCAGUCACUGCUGUGGUCUUUGUUGCCUUGGGGACAUCUGUCCCAGACACGUUUGCCAGUAAGGUUGCUGCCAUCCAAGACCAGUAUGCUGACGCCUCCAUUGGUAAUGUGACGGGCAGCAACGCUGUCAAUGUUUUCCUGGGCAUCGGUGUGGCGUGGACCAUUUCUGCUGUAUACUGGCGUACCAAAGGCAAACCCUUCCUCGUGGAGCCGGGCUCUCUGGCCUUCUCCGUCACACUCUUCACUGCGAUGGCUGUGGUGGCUGUCGCUGUGCUGUUGUAUCGCCGGCGCCCCUCAGUGGCUGGAGGAGAGCUCGGCGGUCCACGGACUUGCAAGAUAUUGACAUCCUUGCUUUUCGUUUGCCUCUGGCUGAUCUAUAUCCUGUUGGCCUCACUGGAAACAUACUGCCACAUCCCUGGAUUCUGAGGCAGCAAGGCCUCAUAUUAUUUAAGCUUUGAGAGGAAUAUGAAAAUGGCCACUGAAGGAGCAUUUUUGUUUUGUAUUUAUUCGAUAU